AUGGGCACGAAGAGAAGUAGCGAUGACCGUCCAGUCGGUGCAGAUGAACCAGACAACAAAAAACGAAAGGGCUUUUCCGUUGGGCCAGCAAAUCUCCCUGACGGAACCUAUCGACGAAAAACGCAAAAAAUAAAACGGGAUCUCAUCCAGAAGGCGAAGGUCAAGAAAGCAUAUGCCAAAGUCAAGGCGCAGGAAGAAGCCGCAAACCCAGUCUCAUCAACCCACAUCGAAGACGAAGAGGCGCAUGAUGGACCCUUGGAUGCUGAACCAGCAAGCCUCGAAUUGCACCCAGACCGCCAGGCUAUGGUUGAAGCUGCUGAUAGUCGGGACGCUCGCGACGAUCAGGGACACUCGUCAAGAAACCAUCCCCGCCAACGGAGACCGAAGCAAUCACGCUUUAAGAAAGAGCUGGAGCUCGCUUCUCAACACAGAGCCAACAUUGAGGCAAAGCAGAGGGCCAGAGAAUUGAGAGACAAGGAGCGUCGAGCAAUGAUCAAAGCCAAAAAACCCGGCAAGAACGGCAAGAUAAAGUUGGGUAGGCAGGGCACAGUUUUACUGAGUCGAAUACAACGCAUGGCGGCGGAAGGCAAGAUGUGA